AUGAUCCUUAUCCCCGCUUUAAUUGGGUAUGCUCAGACAGCUAUCUUCGCCGGUUUGCGGGUGUUCGCAAUAACGAAUCGCAACCGCACCCUAUCGCUCAUCGUCUUGAUCUUGAUCUUGGCCCCGGUCACGACCAACUCCUAUGUGAUCGCUGUUCGUGGAGUGGCUCUGCCCUUCAUAGGCUCGCGACUAGUGAUAUGUACGCCGGAAACGCUCAUCACGGGCAAGCUCGACCUAACAGUCAUAGGAGAAACAAUUGCCAUCCUAUUGACAUGGAAGCAGGCCUACCAUCGGCAGCAAGAUUUCGUCAAUAUUCGAGGUGCAGCCUCGCUCACGCAAACUCUUAUUCGCGACGGAACUGCGUAUUUUAUGUACUUAUUCACAUGCUUGAUUUCACCUACCGCCACUAACAAGCUAUGUAGAGCUAUGAUACUCGUUAGCAUUGCUGAGAUUUUAGUCAUCACGCAUGGUCAGUCAACAGCCUUUGCGGGACCAUUUCUAGAUGCGCUGCCGCCGAUCCUCGUGUGCAGGUUCAUAAUGAACCUGCGCCGCUCGUCGGUCCACUCGGGCUUUACCGAGUACUCAGGAACCGAGCUCGAUUCGCCCGGCACGGUACAGACGGCGUCAGUUGUGUUCCGGCGGUUUAACCAGGGGCUCGACGAGUUCGGACGCUCGCUGGACGUCGGUGAGAGCCAAACACGAAGUGGCUCGACUGGCAGUGGGUGGAGCAGGGGUGGAACGAUGCAGUCGGAAUCUACCAUGGAAGACUACUCGUACGAGGGUGGCAUCGAUCUUACAGUGUACGUGUCCCCAGUCGGAAGCUCCCCGCGCGGCGCUAAUUGCGCUUUAGGUUAA